AUUGUUCUCCUUGCCUUCCCUGAAAAGGGAGAACAACCAAAAAAAAAUGAAAAGUGUCAAGGUUGUCAAGCGAGAGCAAGAUGUCCCCAGUGGUCUCUAAUAUUUAAUAAUACGUACUUUCAUAGUUUGUUGGUUUCGUCACAAGCAAAUUGAAUUACUUGGUAAAAUAUUUUUUAUGAUGUUGAAGAUAAGUUGACGUUUGUGACCCGAUUGAAGUUGAAGACAGGUUGUCUUGUGAGUUAUGCUUCGUUACUACAAAGCCCGAAGGCAUUAGCUUUCGUAACACACCAGAAAAUCAAGCAAAAUGUACGGUAUCAACGGAUCAGAUUUUCCACCUAUCAAUGAGGACACGUUUUGUAAAUACGUUUUAUACUACGAGAUAAAUAAUUCAAGGGUCAGGAUUUGGGAUCUUAUAAUUUUGAUACCAAAUGCACUAUUUGUGUUGUUCUUAGUGAUAAGAUUCAACAAAGCCCAGUUAAAACUGCGUGCUACAAGUAGCCCCAUAUUCCUGACGUUCUACACGUUAGUCUGGGGUAAUGUGAUAAUAAGCCUGGUGAGAUGUGCAGUAUCUAUGACAGUAAAUCCAGCUACGCCUAUAGGAGGCUUAGUAGACAAAGUAUUAUGGGUCACUGUUAGAUUUUUCCUGCUGGCCACAGAAAUGAGUGUUGUUAUUUUUGGACUAGCUUUUGGUCAUUUGGACAGCCGAAGUAGUAUCAGAUAUGUUCUUCUGGCUACUUCACUCAUAUCACUGGCUUUCACCAUCACCCAGGGCACUCUGGAGAUUGUGAUGCCUGAUGAUAUGUUUCACAUUGACACUAGGGGCUACAAUUUGUUUGGUCAUGGUGGAAUGGUGUUUUGGUUCACAUCUUCAUUGGUGUUUGCCCUAAUAUAUUUCCUCAUACUUCUGUUACCCUGGAUACCUUUGCGAGACUAUUUGGCUUUACCAUCAAAGCUAUCGUUUUACCUGUACGUGCUAUUGCUGGCCCUCCUCGAUACGACGCAGGCUGUGGGCGCGGGUUUGCUUGCAUGGGGCUCCAUGCAGCCGGGGCUAUGCGUCGUUGAUGUCACCACGUGGCUCUACUUCUCUCUGUACACGCCACUCGUCUACCAUACUUUCCUGAGUGAAUUCUUCAGUGUGUCGCAACCUAGCAUCAUGUUCUCGUACAAGGCUCAAAUGGAUGAGCCGAUGGACGAUGAUCAGGUGUCUCUGCCGCACCAGCAGAGCUUCAGUUCUUUGAAGACCGACUCUGACUACAUUUACCAGCAGAGCAACAGUGUGUACGAUAGCACGUUGUUCGAAGCCGGCGGUACAACUCCUAUGAACCCCGUGUAUAGCGCCUCCCUCCAGAGCCCCGACUCGAUAGCCUCCACACACUCCGCGGACGGCGUGCCCGCUUUCCACAACGCACCAUCCACAUAACAACGUAAUCUCAAACUACCCGCAUCCAAAGAAACGUUAUUUUUAGUGACAAGGUAAGUACUAGUGUUAUUAAUAACCCCCUACAUCAAAUACCUGGGCUCUAUUUCACCAAAUCGACUUAAUGCCACAACGCAAUCUCAAACUACCCGCAUCCAAAGAAACUUUAUUUUUAGUGACAAGGUGAGCACUAGUGUUAUUAAUUACCCCUACAACAAAUACUUGGGCCCUAUUUCACCAAAUCGACAUAAUGCCACCGACAUUUUGUUACAAUUAUCCGUAUUUUACUUCAACGACAAUUAUGUUGUGAAACAAGGAUAUUUUUUUCAGUCGACAUAUUUCCUUUCGUUCUUAAACAGGAGAAUUUAUAAAGAACGAAUAUUUUUUUUUAUUUAGCUUUGAUAUUUAGCGGAACAAAACAAUUAGAUAGAUCACCACACAAUAAACCGUCGGCUUACAUAAUUAUGUCGAUUUGUUGUAAUGAGCAUUGAUCUUUUUUUUCUCAUCACGAAUCUCGGUAGGUACCGGCAUUGGUACUUUUUUCUUAAUAGAUUGUGCAGUAUUUUGUGAUAUGCGAAGUUAGUGAUCAAAUCGAAUUUCUCGAGACUGCUUUACAUCCCGAUUUCUGCUUUAAAUCUAAAAAAUGGAUCCAUCCAUAUAACUGAAGUUAGAUUAUUAUUAUUAAAAGCUCUAAAAGCUACUUAAAUUGUAUAUAGAGUUCUCUCUAAAUUUAGAAAUUGUGAUGGAAUUUUUUGUUUACGUUACACAUAAUGUACGUGUGAUUUUUACUUUUACUAUGCAUAGUAUUUAGGGUACUUCUAGAUAUAAAUUAAAGAGUUUUCCGUCUCUUGAUAAGCAAAACUGGCAAGAUUAGUACGAUAAACAUACAAUUUUAUUGAAUUAUUGUUUACUAUAAAUAAAGGGGAAAAAACAAUCUUUAGACAUUUUCAAAAUGUUGCUCAAAAUUUUAAUAAUCUUGCCAGAACUGCAAAAAAAAAGAUUUUUUUCUUAUUUAAAGACAAGAGUGUUACCCUAAAGUAUAUUAUACUAUUAUACAAAUACCUAUAUUUUACAUGAAUUCAGAACAAAAUGUUCACUAUUGCAUUUUUGUACAUGAGUUAUGUCUGAGAGGCAUUCUUUUUUUUAGUCUUCUUUUAUAUUGUCGCUAUGAAGUCAUGCAUACUGUCCUUGUUUUUUUUCUCAUAAUAAAAUAACAUGAUUAGUACGCGUAUGGCUGUGACAAAAGUCACGAUUAGUAUGUAAAUCUUUGUUUGUGUAUAUAAAGUUUGUCUUAAUUUAGACGCCCUGCUAGAUAUUACUGCUCUGUAGCACUAUAAUGCCGAAUAUAACGAUUACAAGAAACUAUAAUUAAUACUAACGACAGUGAAAUGAAUUUUGUUUUUAAUAGUUAGUAUUCCAUGGUGUAUCUCAUUUUGGACGUGAUAUUUCUUUAGAUGUCAAAGUUGCCAAACUGAUGAUCUCAUAUUAUAGAUAACAAUUUAGUAUGAGACUUGAACUUCAAGUCUCAUACUAAAUUGUUAUCUAUAAUAUGAGAUUCAGCACACACAUGUGUAUUCGAAACUGUAACCUAGUUGCAAAAUUGCAAUUUAGAUGUGGUUAACAGAUGUCGGAUUGCAUUCGAACUGCGACUGCUUUUCUGUAAAUCUAGUUGCAAAAUUGCAGUACUUUUUCCGGUUUUCCGCCGGGUCCAGAGACGGUUUUUAGAUGGGGUAAACAGAUGUCAGAGUGCAUUAGAACUGUAACUACGGUAACUAACCUAGUUACAAAAUUGCAGUCCAGAUGGGGUAAACGGAUGUCAGAGUGCAUUAGAACUGUAACUACGGUAACUAACCUAGUUCUAGUAUAACUAUAACCAUGUUCUAUAACUGUAACCUAGUUCCAUAAUUGCAGUUCAGAUAUGGUUAACAGAUGUCAAAGUGCAUUCGAACUGUAACUGCUGUAAUUGUAACCUAGUUACAAAAUUGGAGUCCAGAUGGGGUUCACAGAUGAUUGAACAAUUAAGUCUUACAAAGCGGAAUAUUGUCGCAAUUGUAAGAAAAAUCAAUGCUCUUAUAUGCAAACUGACUGGGUCCUUAAAACACAGUUUAGUUAAGGUAAUCACAAAAACAGUAAUAAAACAAGAUUUAGAUAAGUGUCAAAACAGACCGUGUAUUAUAUAUAUUUUUAUUUUCUUCAAUUAAAUACUACGCGGUUCUGAAAGAAUGAGUCGAAUGUAUGUAAACAAGCUGUCUUUUAUAUGGAACACUACACAUAUCUGGUAUUGAAAGUAACUUAUCAUGAAAAAGCAAUGGUUGAAAGUAAUUAAUUAGUAUUAUUUUUAUAUCCCGCAAUGAGUGUUGAGUUGAAUAAGAGAGUAUUGUGUAUCCUAUCACUGUUUGUAUUUUGCAGUAAGUACCUAAGUAUUGAUUUUUAUAAUUUUUCCAUGUCCUGAUUAUUUGCAACACAAACAAACUUUGUUAGCAUAUGAGCCCUUGCUGGAUUUAAAUUUACACAUCAAGAAUUUGGCAUCCUGAAUCUUUGCGACGAAUAUUUGUUUCAUAAGCCGAAUAUUUGUCCAGUAACAUGAUCGAGCAAAUAUUCACGUCAUUCCCGCAAAAAUGACAAUCGGUGGAAACAAGGAAAUGUAUGGCAAAUGUUGCAACUUCCAUUGUGUGUUGCGUUGCAGAUAAUUUAGACACGGCUUUGCAAGUAUUUUAUAGUCGUAUAGCUUUGGUUUACUUGCUAAAAUAAUGUGCUACAGAAAGCAUUCUCAUAAGUGUAAAGGAUUAUAUUGUGCUAAUUAAAUUACCUAUGUAAGGUUAGCUCUACUUAAUCAGUUUACUUCUUGAAUAUUAUUUUUAUUAUUGUACUGUGAUGAUAUUUACUUAUAACAUUUUGUUGUUGUUUAUUUUUAAUUUUUUUUUCUUGUUUUUAAAAAACAUUAAGAGAGGAAAUGAAAAUGGUGAGAUGUAGCAUUACUGUAUGCUAAUUUAUAUAUGAAAUGUAAUAAAAUAGUAUAUUAAAACUGAAAAUCUACUUACACUAAUUCAUUCUGCCAAUUUGCCUUAGCUGGUAAGUUUGUAAAAGGCAAUAAAAUUAAUACAGACAAAUUUCGAGUUUCUAAGGUGUAAAACUUAAGUCUAGGUGGGUUUUAAAUGAUAAUUAGCUGUGAAGAUUGUUUAAUUUCUGAACUAUUUUGGAACAGUGUCAAUUUUCCACCUUAAUGUCCCGUAACAAGUAUCAACCACUUGUCAAUUUUUCCUUUGUAAUUGUGAUAGUUCACAUGCUUUACUGUUCAUGUGAAACCUUAAGUGAUAUUUUGGUUGGUGGCGUAUAUUUUGUUGUUUUGUCGCAUAGGCAAUUAAUAUAGUAUUCUAUUGAAACGUUUGUUUUAUUUACUACCUAUGAUUCAUGGUCCAACUUACCAAAUUUCUAAAACAUCGUCGUAAAGAUAUAAUGCCGUUGCUAAGCGAUGAGCCACUGCCGCAGAUUGCUGACCGCACGCGCAUCCCCUCGUGAAAUACUGCGUGAACGGUGAACGUGAUCCUUCCUACCCGCGUCGCCCACCUCCAGUAUUGCCAGUCGUACCAUUUAAGUCGCAUUCAUACAAUUUUUUAGACAAACUGCGCAUGCAUUAUCUAAAAACGUAAAUCGUACGUAAAUUUACGUUUUUUUUCGUAAAAUAAGACGUUAAACGUUCGCGAUUAAAUCUGAGGCUAAAUAAGAUAAAGAAAAAAAAAAGAUUUUGCUAAGAAUCUGUACAAGAAUAGAUAGAUGGGUUUUAAAUGUUUUGGACACUAAUUGGUAAUUCAUUAAUAUUUCUCGCCUAAUAUUUUAGUUAUCUGAUGUCUGAUUUGAAUUUGAUGUUGUUUGUUUAUUUGUUAAACUAGUGGCCCGCCCUCGCUUC